AGGACCUGAUAGAGAAGUUCUGCAGACCAGCCGACUUUUCGCACAACAAUCAGCAGAGAGCACGCUGACCAUUCCAUUCCACACACUGAAUCGCUGAUACGCUUAGCACUUGAGCAGCAGCCGGGCUGCUACUCUGCUGCUACGUACCAUGGCGACGAGCACCAACAACGCGCCCAACGGUAUCGGGCCAGUGCCGUUGCCAUUCAACAACGCCGGUAGCGGCGUCGACGCCGACGCGGACGCCGAGAAGAAGGAUCCCCGAGUGAAGGAGUACGAGAGCUUGGCCUCGUCGCUGCCGAGCAACCCCAAGCUGCGGCUGCGCUGCUACCAGGGCACCUGGGUGCUGGCGCCGUGGGUGCCGGGGAUAAUGGCCGUGCAGCGCGGGCUGUUCGCGCCGCGCCGGGGCGACGUGGUGCUCGCGAGCGCGCCCAAGUGCGGCACCACGUGGCUCAAGGCGCUGGCGUUCGCCACCACGGCGCGGGGAGCGCACCCGCCGGCGCACGACGCGGCGCACCCGCUCCUCCGCCUCAACCCGCACGACUGCGUGCCGUUCAUGGAGAAGCUCUUCGCCGCGGGGUGGGGGAGCCGGAUGGACGCGCUGCCGUCGCCGAGGCUCAUGGCCACGCACAUGCACCACUCGCUCCUGCCGGCCUCCAUCGCCGCCAACCCCGGCUGCAAGAUGGUCUACAUAUGCAGGGAUCCCAAGGACAUGGUGGUUUCUAUGUGGCACUUCGGCCGGAGAAUGCAACCCGCCCUGUCGUUCCUCGACGUGUUCGAGCCGGCCUGCGACGGCACCGGUCUAAGCGGCCCCAUCUGGGACCAUGUCCUCGGGUACUGGAACGCCAGCAAGGCGAGCCCGGAGACGGUGCUGUUCCUGAGGUAUGAGCACUUGCUGCGCGACCCAGUCGGCGGCACCAGGAAGCUUGCCGAGUUCGUCGGCCAGCCGUUCUCGGAGGACGAGGAGGCGGCCGGAGUCGUCACGGACAUCGUGACGCUGUGCAGCUUCGAGAAGAUGAGAAACCUCGACGUCAACAGGCCAGGCUCGUCGGCAUCGGCGUCUCCUGCCGGAGUGGUGCUGGAAGGCACGUUCGCUAACGACUCCUACUUCAGGAGGGGCGAAGCUGGAGAUUGGACCAACCACAUGACUCCAGAGAUGGCCGGACGUCUGGAUGCCGUCAUGGAAGAGAAGCUCCGUGGAUCAGGCCUCUCGUUCUCGUGAGUCGUGAGCGCGCGGCGCACCUGCUGGCUGAUCCAUUUCGACGGAUACUAUUUUUUGUUGCGUGUUGGUAUACUGUUGUUCCGGCUAGCUUUUUCAGUAAUUUACCAAGAUACUAUUAAGGAACUGUAUUCGACUAUUCGUCAAGAACCUCAUGCGUAUUGCCCUGUUGAGUUUGGUUUAUAUAUAGUCUUUUGAGAUGCUCGUACCAGUACGUAAAUCUUCAGCUUCUUGU